UUGUGGAAACAAAUGGAUGAAAAAUUGGAAGACAAAGCAAAAAGUCACAAUUUGAGUGCAGUCAACGUAAAAACAAUCCUUCACGUGAGUUAUACAAUAAUAUGCACAAACACAUUAUACGAAAGUGUCCGUUCAGUUGCCGACCCCUUAAUUGAUUCACAACGCAAACCUGAAUAA